CUGGAUGCGCUCAGGGUGAGAUCACGGUUACAGGCUGGUUAGAAGACGGUAGAAAAGAAGACAGGAACACUCUGGCCACACCGCUUGUUGAGGGUGAGUUGGGGGCGAGAGAACAGCUGUCGUCCACGCUGCCAGUGCUACUUCGCAUGCUGGUAGUCACACACGGUCACCACUUCGUCAAAGAACGCUCUCCCCUCCUUCCUCCUCCCCCUCUCCCCCCCCCUCCCCCCGCCCCCCCCCCCCCCCCGGUGCUUGGGGAUCCGACGAUGCUUGGGAAACCUCCAUCGAUGGAUGCUAACGGAUGUACCCUUUCUAACGGGUGGUUGCUUGCGCCACCUAGUAUAGAAACCAAAGGACUGGGAAAAGUGCAUCCAAUGGGCGAGUCUGUAGAAUUCAACUCCCGGAGAUCACCGGUGCUUGGUUCAAAAGCCGGAGCGAGCACUGAUCAACCCUUGGCCUCCGCCGCUGCAGUCGAAGUGCUACAGAAAGGUGGCAACGCCGCUGACGCUGCAGUGGCUGCAGCGGCCGUGCUUCAGGUUCUGCAGCCUUACGCCACGGGAAUCGGCGGAGAUUGCUUCUGCAUAUUCUACAAUGCAAGUGACAAGUCUGUUCGAAGCAUCGACGGCAACGGGAAGAGUCCAGCACAACUGACCUUGGAGCUGCUCCGCUCAAGGGGAUUCGACGAGAAACACCUUCCGGAUGACAACAGCGGCCUUACGGCUACCGUCCCCGGGGCCGUCAAAGGAUGGUUCGACACUGUGGAGAACUUCGGAAGUAAAAAGGUGACCAUGGAUGACAUUUUGGAACCCGCCAUCCGCUACGCUGAGAGUGGGUUUCCCGUGACUCCCAUGAGCGCCGUCACGUGGGAAGGUCUCGAGGACAAGCUGAAAGCGAUGCACGGAGGUCACACCUUUCUCCGAUCUGGAAGGGCCCCUCGCUCGGGAGACGUGCUCAGAAACCUCGCCUUGGCUAAAGUGCUCAAGACACUAGGCCAGAAAGGCCCAGCUGCCUUCUACGAAGGCCCCGUUGCUCAGGCCGUGGUCAAUGCCGUCGCCGCUGCUGGGGGCGUCCUGAGUCUCCAAGACCUCAAGAACCAUCUGGAAUCGACUGAGGACCCAGUCGUCCCCACGGUUUCCACAACGUACCGCGGAGUCAGAGUCCACACAAUGAGGCCGCCUAGUCAUGGGGCCGUCCUCCUGGAAGCACUCAACAUCCUCGAAGCAUACGAUUUAAAAAGCUAUGGCAAAACAUCUGGCGAGUAUUACCACCUCUUGAUCGAAGCACUGAGGCUCGCUUUCGCCGACGGACUGAGCUGUCUGUCCAGCCCCGGUCACAACAGUCUGACAUCGGUGAUUAACAUGACCUGCAAGAAGCAUGCCGAAGACAGGCGGGCUUUAAUUGACAAGAAAAGAGCCAUAGACAAAGUGGCGGCCUCAGACCUCCUGGCUCCGCCUCAAUUCCACACCACUUUCUUAACCACGGUCGACGAACAUGGUAACGCCUGCGCCUUCAUCAACAGCAACUUCAAGGGAUUCGGGUGCACGAUUGUCGAAGAACACGGCUUCGCUGUUCACAGCCGAGCCAUGGGUUUUGUGGGAGUGGACGGACACCCGAACUGUGUCGGCCCUCUCAAGAAGCCCUACCACACCCUGAUGCCGGUGAUGGUCACGGACAGCCACUCCGGUGACUGGAUGGCAAACAUUGGAUGCAUGGGAGGAUAUGGACAGCCCCAAAUCAAUCUUCAGGUUUUACUGGGGAUGCUGGAGUUGGGCUUGAAUCCACAGGAAGCAGUCGACAGACCCAGAGUCUUGAUAGGUCCUGGAUACUCGUUGCAUCCAGAUGAUGCCCUUUUCCUGGAAGAAGACCUGCCGUCGGGUGUCGCCCAGGAGCUGAAGAAGAGAGGUCACCGUUUUCUGGGCACUCUCAAGGGCGCAAUGAGACGUAAAAUGGGCUUCGCCCACGUCGUCACCAGGGGAAGCUGGUGGAACCGAUCUGGAGGAUCUCCAAGCUACAUCGAGGGUCGCGACACUUUCCUCUGGUUCGGAAGCGAUCCCCGGUGCGAUGCGGCAGCUAUGGCAUACUAAGGUUCCCUUAAGAAUCUAUUUUCUACGAGGCAUCCGAUCACAACAGUGAACUUGGUUGUUUCCUUUCGAGGUUACUUUGAGGCCAAUAAAUGUCAAUCCCCGACGA